AUGAAUAAGACUGACGACGACAAAAACUCUAAGAUCAAGUCAGUAGAAGAAGACGACUCAGUCGGAGAAAUCUCCAGCUACGAAGAAACUUCUGGAUGGAAGGGUUGGUUGAAAAAGCUCGAGGUUGAAAAUCAAGCUGGCUUGUCCACUGCUCAAGCCUUUUUGAUCAAUCAUGACUUGAAACCUGUCGAAGAAGCUAGAAGAUUAUGGAGUUGGUACAACUAUGUAUUUUUCUGGAUAGCUGAUUCUUUCAACAUUAGUACAUGGCAAAUUGCAGGUACAGGUAUAGCCGGAGGGAUGAACUGGUGGCAAACUUGGCUUUCAGUUAUUAUUGGGUACACCCUUUGUGGUAUUUUCGUGUCAAUAGGUUCAAGAGUAGGUAUCUCAUAUCAUAUAUCGUUCCCUGUGGCUGUAAGAUCUAGUUUUGGUAUCUACGGUUCUUUGUGGCCAGUCAUUAAUAGAGUUGUGAUGAGUUGUGUCUGGUAUGGUGUGCAAACAGCUAUUGCCGGACCAGCUAUUGGUUUAAUGUUGAGAUCGAUCUUUGGUAAAGAUUUGGAUAAGACCAUGCCCGAUGGCAUCGAUAAACCUUAUCUUUCAACUUACUCCUUCUUAUGUAUUUUCUUAUUUUGGUUAUUUUCAUUGCCAUUUUUGUGGUUCCCUCCACAUCAAAUUAGACACCUUUUCACCUUCAAGGCUUAUAUAUCUCCUGUUGCUGGUAUUUUGUUCUUAGUUUGGACUAUCGUCAAGAGUGAUGGAAUUGGUAAUGUUGUACACAAACCAAGUAGUUUAGAAGGUUCAGCUUUGGCUUGGGCUUUUGUCGAAUCAACUAUGAAUGCUUUAGCCAAUUUUGCAACCCUUAUCACCAAUGCUCCCGAUUUUUCAAGAUUCAAUAAAACUCCUAGUUUCAGUAUGAAGUACAUCGUUUAUACCGUUUCAAUUCCUGUUUGUUUCUCGUUGACUGCUUUAAUUGGUAUUCUUGUUUGUUCUGCUGCUGAUACUUUGUACGGUGAAAACUAUUGGAAUCCCUUAGAUGUUUUGGGUAGAUUUUUGGACAACUAUACUUCCGGUAACAGGGCUGGUGUGUUCUUCUUGGGUCUUGCAUUUGCCAUCGCCCAAUUAGGUACAAACAUCAGUGCUAACUCCAUCAGUUUUGGUACCGAUGUAACUGCUUUACUUUCAAAGUAUUUGAAUAUCAGAAGAGGUUCUUACAUUUGUGCUGCUUUAGCUUUAUGUAUUAAUCCUUGGUACUUAAAUUCUUCAGCAUCUAGUUUCACCACUUACUUGAGUGCUUAUUCGGUGUUUUUGUCAUCUAUAGCUGGUGUUGUUGCUUGUGAUUUUUAUUAUGUUAGAAGAGGUUUCCUCAAAUUGACCCACAUGUAUUCCAUUCAUGCUCCAGAAAACCCUCAAUACCAGUCCUUCUAUUUAUACAAUAGAUUUGGAUGCAACUGGAGAGCUUAUGUAGCUUACAUUUGUGGAAUUUUACCCAAUAUUACUGGUUUUGUUGGUGCAACAGGUACUCACAAAGUGCCAAUCGGUGCUGAGUAUGUCUAUAGAAUAAAUUUCUUCUGUGGUUUCAUUUCAGCCUUUGUUAUUUAUGCUGCCCUUUGUUACUUAAGUCCUAUAGCUGGAUGCCCAAAGGUUGGAUUUUUUGAAAAGGGCUGGUUUGAGGAGAGUGCCUAUGUUGAGGAUUUCGACCAGGAGUUGAGAGGUGAAGUUAUCAACGAGGGCAUCGAAAGCUCCAUGAGCUAUACCUCUGGUAGAAAAUGA